AUGAGGUCAAAAGAGCAAUACAGCUCGAAGAAAGUUAAGGAGAGGUUUGAUUUGCCUCAGUUCGAGAAUGGUUUUCGUCCACCAGUCGGGAAUCCCAGUCAUAGAGUGAGGCAGGAUGCAGAUGCUAAUAUUUUUGUUCAACCAACCAGAAAUAGCAGACGGCAGAGCUCGAAGAGAAGGGCAACUAAAAAUGAUGAGCUUGUCAAGCACAUGACUAAUGUGCCACAUUAUCUCCUGCAUGCUGAUAGAGAAGAAAAUAUUCCAGACAACCCUUUAAAUUUUGGAGUUUUAGAUUGGACGCAACUUGAAAAGUGGAAACACAAGCAAAGCCGUAGGCCAGCAAAAUCUACCAAUCUCACAUCAUUUCAAGACGGUGAGUCAUCAUCAAGAAAAGCCACCAAGUCAUCUGCUGCCGCCACCAUUGGAACAUCUCAUAAGAAAGGCCUCUAUGAAGGUGCCAAACCAUAUUUUCAGAAUGUCAGGAGAUCCCAACAAUUUGAAACUGAAGAGAAGAGGAAAGACCUGGAUCAAUCAGUUUCAGCGGUGAGAACUUUUGCAUCCUACUUGAGGGAGGACGGGGUCUCGCUAGUUUCUAAUGAAAGCAAAUAUAGUAGGGACAGUAAAGCCCAGAAGAGCAUGGAGGGUUUGCAAGAAUUUACUCUCAAGAAAAAGGAGAAAAAUCGUGACUUCGGGUCUGAUAUGGGAUCGCGAUCAUCUAAGUUCAAGAGUAAAGGGGUCUCUGAAGGUUCCAAGAAAAAUGGUAGUUCCCGCAGCAACAAAAUGAACAUAAAAAAUGAAGAGUUGCAAGAGUCAGAUAUUGAUGUGAUGGAAUCACAUGAUGUCAAUAACAAACGAGCCCAUACCAAACCAAAUAAUAUUGUGCUGCUUCGUCCUCGAGAAAUUAGUUCCAGCAGCAACAAAACCAAGAUAAAGGAUAAUCAGUUGCAAGAGUCAGAUACUGAUGCCAAUCAUAAACAAGGCCAUAGGAAGCCAAAAAAUAUUGUGCUACUUCGCCCCCGACCGAAUCCCCAAUCGAGUUCUAACAUCUCUGAUUUGUCUCGUAGAAGAACGUCAUUUGACGAGUUUUUGGCAGGGUCAGGUCGAAGUAGUCUGUCAAUUGUUUCCCUUUUUGAGGAUAUUAAUGCUGAAGGCUCAUGUUCUCAAAUUUCACAUUCAAGUGAACAGUGUUCAAUGGCUCAACCUGUUCCAACUUUGGGAUCAUUGCUUCUCAGAACUGAAACUGAUCAGGGUACAGAUUGUUCUUCUGUUGCAUCUGAGACACCUUUUUCAUCCAAGAGCUCUAGUCUGCAUUCUGAAGGUGCUUACUUUGAAAGGGAUGCGUUAAGCGAUAAGUUGACAAAUCAGUGUGAUCUUAGUGACUUAAAGGAAACACUGGAUCAGGAAACUGCUGAGCUGACAGCAAAGAGGGGCAGGAAUCUAUCCAGAAGUCGUCGGUUUAGCUUUAGUUUAAGCCGAAUUGGAAGAAGCUUCAGUUUCAAAGAGGGAUCUACUCUUCCUCAACUUAGCUCCACAUAUGUCAGUGCAAAGUCUGGUCCCGUGACGUCUUCAUCUUCUGCUCGUUGGUAUAGCUCUAGUAAAGAGAAGGAUAGUGGUCAUGACAGAAGCAGGUCCAGCCCCUUACGAAGGUUGUUAGACCCAAUAUUGAGGCGUAAGGCAUCAAAGGUGCGGAAUUCAGCUGAAAGCAGUCAGGUACAAAAAGGAAGCUUGGACUCGAUCAGCUUUAGGACAACCAGUGUUAGUGAAUCACUUCCAGACGAAAUGAGCGAGGGUUCGUUAAGUCAAGCCCAUCUACAGGUUACAAUAAAAAAUGGACUACCUUUUUUCAAAUUUGUGCCAAAUAAUGAAGCAGAGAUUCUUGCUGCUGCUAUGAAAAGCGUUGAAUCAUCGGAGAAGGAUGAUUCCAACUGCUAUUUUACUUUCUACCUACUUAAUGAAAUUAAGAAAAGGAGUGGUAGAUGGAUAAGUCAUGGAAGCAAAGAAAAGGGCCGUGACUACGCCUACAAUGUUGUUGGUCAGAUGAGGUUCUCUAGCUCUACAAUCACUAAACCAAGCAACCAGGACUCUAAGACACUGUCUGUGCAAAGAGAAUAUGUCUUAUUGAGUGUUGAAAUUGACCAGACAGAUGAAGGACCACCAAAGGUCAUCCGAAGUGGGGAGCUUGCUGCUGUUGUUGUUGAGACUCCAUUUGAAAGCCUAAUCAAUAAAGGACUAGAGUGGGAUAAUAAUUUGGUGAAGGGAUGUUUAAAAUGUUCGGCAGCAGAAAAAUGUACGUGUAACUUAGGAGAAAAUGACGUCUCAGGGAGCACUACAGUCAUACUGCCUGGCGGCCUUCAUGGUUCCUCAGACAGAGGAGAACCUUCACCACUGAUUCAGAGAUGGCGAUCGGGUGGAUUAUGUGACUGUGGGGGUUGGGACAUCGGUUGCAAAUUGCUCGUCCUCUCCAAUCCGAAGCUAACUUCAAAAUCUCAACGUGAACGUUUUCAACUUUUUGUUCAGGAAGGAGCCGAGCAAGACAACGCCGCUUUCACUUUGGUGCCAUUGAAGGAGGGAUCGUACUCGGUUGAAUUUAAUUCGUCGAUCACUCAUUUGCAGGCAUUUUUCAUUUCUGUUGCUGCGUUAAGCUGCCAGAAACUAAGUUCAUUAGAAAUGACCAUCAUGCAAGAACAAAUUUUUAAACAACCCAGCGGUCUGAAGAGCGGUAACAACCUUACUGGGAACGCGCCUGUAAAUUAUACUCCGAUUCCACCACCCUCUCCUGCAGGAAGAGUUUAAUUUUUGAAACACGAGGUUUUUUGUUGUUCAUAGAUAGCUGGUAAAGAUCUCCAGAAUCCUGAUUGCAACGGAUAUACCUUUUCCCUCCUUCUCUCUCUCCACAAUUUCGUUGCUGCUAUGUCAUAGAGUUUUUUUCACUGCUGAGUAACUUGUGGCAAGAGGUAUGGUCAUUAAACCUUGUUCAUUGUGGUACAGCACAUCCGUCUUUGUACAAAUCAAUAUGUGAAUAAAUAAAAUCAGUGGGGGUAAAUACAC